CCAUGUUCUUGCGGCUGCAUGUGUAAGAUUGCUGCACACGCGAGUCGAAUACGCACGGAGUGAAGUCGGAUACAGCUGGUCCAGGCGUCUAAGUAAAAAUGAAGCCAGGGUUCAGUCCUCGUGGUGGAGGUGGUUUUGGGGGCCGUGGCGGAAGAGGAGGCUUCGGAGACCGUGGCGGAAGAGGAGGCUUCGGAGACCGAGGUGGUAGAGGAGGCUUCGGAGACCGAGGUGGCAGAGGCGGAUUCCGUGGAGGAAGAGGUGGUGGUGGUGGGUUCAGGUCACCUGGUGGUGAUGGAGGCUUCAGAGGACGUGGAGGUGGUCGAGGGGCACCCAGAGGCAGAGGAGGUGGACGUGGAGGUUUCAGAGGGGGAAAGAAAGUCAUGGUAGAGCCUCACAGACAUGAAGGUGUGUUUAUUUGCCGUGGCAAAGAAGAUGCCCUGGUCACGAAAAACAUGGUGAUAGGAGACUCUGUUUAUGGUGAAAAAAGGAUAAAUGUUGAAGAGGGAGAAACUAAGAUUGAGUACAGAGCAUGGAAUCCCUUCCGCUCAAAGUUGGCUGCUGCCAUCUUGGGAGGUAUUGACCAGAUCCACAUCAAGCCUGGCGCGAAAGUUAUGUAUCUUGGAGCUGCAUCAGGAACAACAGUAUCACACGUGUCCGACAUCGUCGGUCCGGAUGGCCUGGUAUAUGCAGUGGAGUUCUCUCACAGAUCGGGCAGAGACCUGCUAAAUGUUGCUAAAAAGAGGACCAAUAUUAUUCCCAUCAUUGAGGAUGCCAGGCAUCCCCACAAAUACCGCAUGCUCGUUGGCAUGGUGGAUGUUAUAUUUGCGGAUGUUGCCCAACCUGACCAGACGAGAAUUGUGGCUCUCAAUGCACACAACUUCCUUAAAAAUGGUGGCCAUUUUGUUAUUUCAAUUAAGGCAAACUGCAUUGAUUCGACGGCUGCACCAGAAGCUGUGUUCGCAGCAGAAGUGAAGAAAAUGAGCGCAGAGAACAUGAAACCCCAAGAGCAGUUAACACUGGAACCCUAUGAGCGAGACCAUGCGGUGGUGGUUGGGAUUUACAGGGCACCCCCCAAGCAGAAGAAAUGAUUUAAUUGAUCACCUUCACAUUUGAUUUUAUUUUAUGGACCCUUUUCUCCAACUGCUGUUGUAACAGCUUUGCCCACAAGAGGCCGCAAGGACACAGUAUGCAAGGACCCUAAUUAAGUUAGGGUAUUAAACCAUCCAGCCCCAGCGCUGCCCUGGUCUACUCAAAGUAUUUCCACCAUGUGUAUCCUCCAGCUACAUUUUUGUAUAUCUGUAAAAGCAUGCCCUGUCGUCUGUGAUUGUCGAUGACAGAAAUGAAAUAACGUUAUAGUUUAGGCCGACGUGCUUUGAUUGCCUGUGCAUCAGUUUUUUUUUUUUUCUUUUUUUCUUUUGUUUCUUUCGGUAUAAAAAUGAAAAAACAUCAGUUAGAAGAGAAAGUGGAAUCAGUCUUUUAUAUUUUAAGUUGGUGACUGUACCAUUGCGUGAGAACAUUUGUAUGAUUUCCAGUGUAGUCUUUUUCUUAAUAAAAUGUCAGAAUUUAUUUCUCA